GGGCGGUGUGGCGGUGUCCUGCCCGCCAGUGGCAGUGCUGGUGCCUCACGCCGGGCUGAGGAGCAGCUCCGGAGCGAGUCCCCGGGCAUUGCCCGCGGAGCUCGGCGGGAGAAGGCGCUGCCCUUCCCCCCCUCCUCGCUCGUGCGCGGAUCGCCCUGAUCCUAAUCCCGAUCCGGGAACAAUGGAGCCUCCCCCGCGCAGCGCCCUCUGCAGACCCCCCUUCCCAUGCUAAGCAGGAAGAGGGGCGCAGGCACGUUGCCUCUCAAAUCUAAACCGUAAAGCAAUGCAUCGUGACUCUUGUCCGCUGGACUGCAAGGUCUAUGUGGGUAACCUUGGAAACAAUGGCAACAAAACUGAGUUAGAGCGAGCUUUUGGCUACUAUGGACCACUGCGCAGUGUAUGGGUGGCAAGAAAUCCUCCUGGUUUUGCCUUUGUGGAAUUUGAAGAUCCCCGAGAUGCAGCUGAUGCAGUAAGAGAGCUAGAUGGAAGAACCCUGUGUGGCUGUCGUGUCCGAGUGGAGCUCUCCAACGGGGAGAAGCGGAGUCGGAACCGUGGCCCCCCUCCAUCGUGGGGCCGGCGCCCUCGGGAUGACUAUCGCAGGAGGAGUCCCCCUCCUCGGCGCAGAGUCACCAUCAUGUCUCUUCUCACCACCCUCUGAGUCUGCAUUAGCCAGCCAACUAGCCCUUUCAGCGUCAUGUGACCAGCGCGCCCCAUGCAGCUUGGCUGGUGUCGUUUCACAUGACCCAGGCAUGGCCAGUCGUCAGGUUGCACCGCCCUUUGGUUCCCGAGCAUGCUGUUUUCUCUCAGCCUUCUCUCCAACCUUAACCAAAUCGGCAGCAGCCACCUCGACCGCCCACACAUUCCCGGCCAAUCAGCUCAGCUGUUUAUUUACCAAAUGUCUUCACAACAACUACAGCAGCAGCCUUCGGCUAACAAAAAAGCAGGAAAAAUCCACAACACCCCCUUCGCCAACCAACUAAAUACAACGCAACAUCUGGCAAAACCUUUUCAGCAAAUUCUUCUUGGCAGUCAGUCCGGCAGCCUCACCUCACCAUUUCUAGCUUGUUGAAACCAAAGACUUGUAAGUUUUUCCUGCUUAUACAGUUUACUGCUGGUUAAAAUAAGGAGUAAGCGGCUUAUAAGUAAUUACUUUUCUCAAUCAAAGGCUGGCUGUGCAUAAUUAAGUGGUAACGUACAUAUGUUGCUUGAGAAAAACUUUUAAGGGUGAUAUGGAAGCUCUUACAUUGUGAAUAAUGUUAAAAACAGGAUAUUUGCAUGUGAGAUGCCAAACUAAAUUUUUAAUGAAGCUCUAACAAAUGUAGCUUUUCCUUGCCAGAAAAAUCCUAUCACCUUUAAAUGGUUUUACUAACAGUUUUCAAAACUUAAAACAAUUACUUUUUGGGAUGAACUGGCCGAGCUAAGGUUAUAUUUUUAAUUUUUAUUUUUUAUACGAAAGUCUAAACACACUCUAUGGCAUUAAAAAUGACAAUCACAAAUAUGCAGUUCUAAUGUAGCACUUAAUGGCAUUAUCAAUAUUGACACUGAGCGCAUUUUCACUUUUUUUUUCCACUUGAUAUCUCUUAUGUCUUGUUGUGGACCUUUUUGGCUUGCAUGGGUUCCAAAACAUUUGCUCUGUGCUAUUUUUUUUUUUUUUUUGAACCACCUGUGGGACUUUGGUGUGGUGUUCUGGGCAGUGUAUUUAGUUGAAAUGGAAAGUGUUGCAUUGGAGAACUCUGCUCUGA